CAGUGUUGUUGAUCGAAGGUCAGUGGCACUAUCGUAAAUAUUUUGAAAUGAGAGAAGUCAACAAUUUUUUUGUGUCACACGAGCUAAUUAAGUUCAGAAACAUUAAAAAUAUGUGUUUAAGGUGGUGUGUUAGUUAUAUUUUGUGAUUUAAAUGAUAAAUGAACUAUUUUCAUGUGUUUACCUAUGGAGUACAUGAUGACAGAAAGAGCCUACUUACUAUGCUCAGGAGUCCCAGUAUAAAGGUUUCUCAAUGAUUUGUUGAGGAUUUGUCGCUGUUGUUAUUACUGUGGGAUUCCCUAGCAGUAAAAUACUUAUGAAAGAAGUAUAUAAUUGAAAGAAUAAAGAAGAUUAUGUGGACUGCAAGGAAAAUUAACUGAAUUAGUUGAUCCAUAUUAUAAAUUUUACAAAAAUGUAGACCACCUACAUAAACAAUUUUUAACUAUUGUGAUUAAGACAUUGUUUAAUCAACUCAUUUCAAGAUGGACGAACAAAAUGGGGAUUGCUUUGAUCAUCAUGAGAUGUUUGCUCCUUUGAGUUCUUCAGACACUGAACAUGAUUGUUUAAAAGAUUUCUUGUUAGAUCCUCCUCGCCAUGAACAACAUAGUAUGUCAUCUGGAUAUUGUUAUGAUAAUAUGCAAGCAAGUUCUGGGCUCAUGUCUAUGUCCUUAAAUUCUGGAUUAUCGAUGACAAUGGGCAGUGGCAUGACAAUGGCAGGACCUGGUAUGUCCAUGACUGCUCCUAGUUUGAUGGCUGGAGGUUCUGCUAUGUCUAUGGCUCCUGGUCAGGGAAUGUCCAUGUCGGCUGGUCCAAAUUUAACAAUGUCGAGUCCGUUGGGCUCUCCAAUGAACUGUGGAUUGUCAUUGCCUCCUAAUGUGGGCAUGACAAUGAAUUCAGGACCAUUAAUGCAGAUGGCAGGAAGUUCAGGGAUGGCAAUGUCUCAGAAUUCGUGUAUGCCAAUAACGUCUAGCACAAAUUUAUCCAUCCCUAAUAUCCCUAAUCAGGUGCUAUCAUCCUCCUCACUUUCUUUAGCUUCUAAUUCUGGAAUGUCUCCUGGUAUGCCUUUGCCCAUGUCUACGGGUUCUCAUACAAUGUCAACUUGUUCUCCCAUACUCAUGUCUACAGGACAUUCUUUGCCUCUUUCAACCUCCUCAAAUAGACCUUUAAUGGACCAUUUAUCACCAAUUCCUAUCCCUAACUUAUCAAGUUGUGUGAAUGAUAAUUCUAUGAUGAUGCAUCAGGGAUAUUCUUCAUCAAAUGCUCAUAUACCACAGUUACAAAGUCCUGUUCAAAAUCAAGCAGCUCAUCCUGUAGUGGACUUUAGAAGUCCAGGACAUUCUGUAGAGAGUGUGAUACCAAGUGCUUUAGACAAUGGUGUGAUAUCGUCAGAGUGUUGUGACAAAAAUGGAGAAUGGAGUCCUGCAGGAACUGGGGACUCUGUGAGGACAGGUGAAAGUCAGGAAGGGGUAGAACCAGGGACAAGUGAAAGAACUGUUAGCAGUGAUUGUGUGAGUAGUGAAACUGUGUGUUCUCCUGAAGCUGAAGGGAUAGUUGAUCAGGGAAAUGAGGAAAGAAAAUUAAAACAGGAAACACGUGGAAGAAAAAGAAAAACAUCUAAACAACCUCGACAGAGAAAAUCACCAUCAACAAUAGCAACCUAUCAGAGUCAGAUCUCACCUGAUCAAAAUGGGAUCAAGAUAAGGAUAAAGAAAUCUUUAACAUUGGCUCCUCAAAAAACGAGAAAACGUAAAAAUAAACAGAGUGAAGAGAUUGACGAAUAUGAAGAACCUUUGGAACAAAGUCCUUGGGGUGACAGAAUGCCAAAGAAAAUUCUAAAUAAUAUAUUUUACAUGGUCACUAAAAUUGAAGGCUGUGUACCAUUUCUUGUCAGGAUGUCACGUGUUUGCCGUCUAUGGAGAGAUGUAGCAGUGUCUCCACACUUGUGGUAUCAUAUAGAUCUGGCGUCCACUUGGUGCAGAGAUAGGGUCAAGAAUGACAGAACUUUCCAGUGGCUGUGUGAGAACAGAUUAGCUCAAGUCCAGGAACUGAACUUAGGAGGCUGGUCAUUCACUGGUAUUCCGAGUGUACUGGACAAAAUGGCAACCUCCUGCGUAAAACUACAAGGCCUGGGAUUGUCUGGAUUACAGGGACUCAGCCUGGAUAACAUCAAGUUUCUCGUUUCAAAUUGUCCUUACCUCGAGAGGCUUGAUCUGUCAAGUAUCAAUCCUGAGUUAAACAGCCCGCGCAGUGCAGUAAGCAUGGCGUCUCUGCUAUACCUAGCACAAACCAUGGGAGAGCGCCUUACUCACCUCAUACUGGCCAACAACAAGCUCGCUGGAGUACCUCAGAUAUUGACAGCGAUUGCAACUCACUGUCCAAAUCUGCAAGUACUUGACCUAGCCAAUGUGAGGACUGUUGCUCAGACCACUGCAUAUAUCCAUAUUGAGAAGUUGCAGGAAGGCUGUCCCUCCCUACGAGUGCUCAGGCUUACCAAUAGUCAGCUAGCUCUGUCACCUGUCUCAUUUAAUGAACAGGCUACUUCUCAAGGAUUUCCCCAGCUUGAGGAGCUCAGUGUAGCUGGUGUUGUCGAAGGAUUGACAUCUCAGCCUUAUAUUGAUGAUGAAGCAUUACAGAGAAUCAUUAAAUCAUCCAAGAAGCUAAGGCUACUGGAUGUUAGGGGCUGUAACAAAGUAUCAGACUCUUCUCUGGUCAGAGUUCCAGCGUGGGAUCUUGAGCACAUUUUCCUUUCAGGGUGCUAUGUGACGCGGCUUAAUGACUCAGGACUGGAGUUGAUAGUGAAGAAGUGGAGCCACAGCCUUGUAGAGGUGGAUUUGGCCUGGAGCACUGCUACUGAACCACUGGAUGCUGCUAUCACAGCACUGGCCGAGCAGGGUGGCAGCAGCAGACUGAGGACAUUGGACCUCUGUGGAUCAUCAGUGAGUCUGGAACCGGUGAGAGCUGUACUCACCAAGUGCCCUCUGCUCUCGUCCAUUAAUUUGUCGUCAUGUCGAGCCCUGCCCCGAGGCAUGAAGAGACUCUACCAGGGACUGCCUCUUGUGCAGCUACGCUCCUCCAUGCUCACUGACCAGUAAUCCAAGUCUGCAUUCCUCAUCUCCUUAGUUUCUUCUUCACCUUCUCUUUUAUCCAUAGGUAAACUCUUUGUCAAUUAAUACAUUUAUUUUAUGCAGGUUCAACAUUUUAAGUUUGGUUUCAUAUUCUUUGUCUAUUUUAUAUAUGUUAUAAAAUGCUUUGAAAAUCAUAAAUACUAAAUUUUAGACAUUGACUUCAUUCAUACGUAGCUUCAGAACUAAAUAAUAAAAGAUCAUAUUAACAUAAACACAAGAAGUAAAUGUUUUGACUUAUUUUACCAUACAAACAAUUACCUCAGUGAACAUUUUUCUAAAUACAGCUCUCUAAAAUUAUUAAGUACACCAAAAAUGUAGCAGUUUCAUAGAACAGGACUACCCAAGCACUCCUUGAAAUUUAAAGCCAAUUAAUUAGUAGUUAUUGUUUGUUUUUUAUGUUAAGAUUGAGGGUGUUUGAUUGUAAAACAAAUUUUUUUACUUACAAAAUAUUUGUAUGGUGUUUUCCUGAUGUUUAUAACCAAUUUACGUUCACUAACAACAACAAAAACAGAAAUUCAAGGAAAUAAAUUAAAAAAUUGAAGAUAGAUCCACCUAUCUUUGAAUUGUUCUGAUGGAAUACUCAAUAAUUUCAAUGGUUCUGAAGAUGAUAAAAGUGUAUUCAAUACAGUUUCAAAUACCUUUAGAUGUUUUCAAGGCAUUUUAACCUUACUUCAAAUGUUAUUAUGUGUAUUUUAGUCUGUUGAGAAAAAUUAUAUUUGUUUUUACAAAAUUAUAUUUCAAUUGCAUGAAAGACAAGAUGUAAAUAAGUGUAAGUUUGUUUAUAAUGUAUUUAUAAGUUCUUGUUGAAAGGUGUUUAUUAAAUGAAGAAUUUAUUUUAUUAAGUUUUGUUUGUAGAAGUACAAAGUGUUUAGUCAUUAAUCUGUCAUUGUAUAUUUGUAAAUAUGGUGAGCUUGUAGAAUAGCUUUAUAGCUUAUUUAUUGAUGUUGCAAAUUAAAUUUGUUUAGUUUACCCAAUCUGAUCACAGCAUAAUUAUAGAUUACAUUCACUGAUAUCUCUUAGAUACAAUCUCAAACAUUGCUGAAGCAGAAAAACAAUUGUUUUUAUUUUCUCGACUGAGCGAAUUUUUAUUUUAAGAUUUGAAAUUAGAAUCAAAGAUACCAGUGGAAUUUAAUCUUGUUUCCCUACCUUUUAUCCAAAUAAACUGUUCUAGGUAAGGAAUAAUAUAUAUUUAUAUAUUUACUAUUUAAAUUUUAAGCUGUUGUUGAAAGCUUGUGUUGAAAUGUGUCAAUGAUGUUUUCUGAUUAAUGAAAAGAAAUAACAAUUCCAAAUGUAUAUGUGUAA